AUGUAUGCCGCUGUAUGUCUGGAUGAUUUUCAGGUAAUGCAAGCUCAGUUUGUCCAGGAAAAUAACCCAGAUGGUCAGACCCUACAGAAGCUGGCGGAAAGGACUGGCCUCAGUCGUAGAGUUAUUCAGGUUUGGUUCCAGAACUGCCGAGCCCGGCACAAGAAGCAUGCGAGUCCCAGUCACACAUCGUCUGGUCCACUGUCGGUCCUCCAGCCUGCCAGGCUCAGCCCUCCUCUGGCGGACGAGUUGCCCUUGAGCAGCUACUCUUCAGUGGGUUCGCCCAUCCUCACGGCUCUGCAUUCAUACAUGGAUGUGGGAUAUCCCAUAUCGUCAGUACAGUCACCAGGAGCCUCCUAUUACACAAAUGAAUACCUUGAUGUCCACUCUCCCGUUGAUCCAAUGCUCAGCUGAACAGGCUUUCACUUGUGUGUGACGCACUCUGUUCUACCAAAUGCAUUCAUUUAUUACGAAACCAUGUAACACCGUAAUGCCUUUUGUACAUGAAAAGCACAAACGCGUUGGCAUUGUGUCCAUGGAACAUUAAAGGGAGCACAAUCUUUCCUGCACAGAAAAACGGCUGUGCUCAUCAUCCUGACAUGUUUCGCUCUAUAUGUGGAAAAUCCAUCUAAGGACCAGCGCAAGAAUCUGAGAUUAGAAGUUGCCAGAUUAAAACAUCAUUGGCUAUCCUAACUGCUACGCAGACAUAGUGAGCUGCACAGUCUAUUUGACUUGUCAUUCUAUGCUAUCCUAUUGGGAGUGACAAUCUGUGAGAUUCAGUGUCAUGUACAUGAGGCAUAAGAAAUGUUGAAAAUCCAUCCCAGCAGUUACAGACUUUUUAUGGACUAGUUAACAUGUCGAGGUACACUUAGCCUUUUGGAAUAUGAUUCUGGCAUGGUACUUAGUUGGGCUUGGGUUUUUCAAGUUGUUGGUGGUAAAAAAUACCCGCAAUUACUUUAUGGCAAGGCCAUUUAUCACGGUAAACCAUUUCAGAAACAAGGAUUGAGCCAGUGUAAGUGAAUGGGUUUGAUUUGGUUUUCUCUGAAAUCCCUGCCAAAUAAUACUGUGAAAAGUAACGUUUUACUCAUGCUGGAAUGUGUGCCAAAAGCGUAUUACCACAGUGACUA